AGUAGUAAUAGAAAAAGGACAUAUUUAUCGUUCUGUAAUGUAUCUUUGAUUUAAGUGGUAAUUUUACUAUUGGUGGAUUUUCAAGAUUAAAACGACUUGGCUUGAUGGACUGUCUGUAAACCUUUCUGCUACAUACUUGGGAAGACUUCUUGUUUGUGUGAGAGCAUACGUGGCUUUGUGCCUAACUUCUUCCUUAAUAUACUCCUGACAGGUGUGAGAAAUCAACAGGAAAACAAUACUUUCAUCAUGUCAGAAUAUGGACAAUUUAUAAUCCUCGUGGGAGACCUGAUCCCCUCCCCCACUACACUUUACCAGGUAGAGAAAUACCUGGGCAGUGGCACCUAUGGAGUGGUCAUCCAAUGUAGGAAUGUGACCACCAAUGAAACAGUGGCAUUAAAAAUUAUCAAAGGCAGGGGAAACUUUGAGUGUGCGAGGGCAGAGUUGGGCAUCCAUCAAACCAUGCAGGAGCUCCACUCGGACAGAUUCAACAUCGUCCGAUUGAACGAGUCAUUCACCUACAAGGCACAUUGCUGUCUUGUGUUUGAGCACCUGGAUAUGGAUCUGAAUACAUUCAUGCAGAUCAACCCGGGUCAACAACUUCAACUGAUGCAGAUCCGCCCCAUUCUGCAGCAGCUGGCUGCAUCCCUGGUCUUUCUGAAAAGCGCGGGGAUCAUUCAUACAGAUUUGAAGCCAGAUAAUAUCAUGAUAGUGGAUCAUGUCAGGCAGCCACUGAAAGUUAAAGUCAUCGACUUUGGCUUAGCCUUCGAUUAUCCUGAGCAACAGGGAGGUCUCACCCUCCAGACCUUGUGGUACAGAUCCCCUGAGAUCCUGGCUGGAUAUCCUUUCAACGGGGCCAUCGACAUAUGGUCUCUAGGCUGCAUUGCUGCUCAAUUGUUUAUGGGCACACCACUGUUCCCCGCCUACAAUGAGACUGAUUUGUGGAAUCAAAUUGUAUACACGGUUGGGAAGCAACUGUUUGCACAACAUUAUUUCUGGCCAAAAUACUGGAUGGAAUGGAGAUUCUUGACAUCGUUUCAUAGACUCAAUGGAGUAGAUGACUAUGCUGAAUGGGUUGACCUGGAGUGGUUUAUAGACCUUUUGGAGAAGAUGCUGACGUUUAAUCCUGUUGAAAGAAUUACCCCCAGAGGAAUCCUUGAGCAUCCAUUCAUCACUAUGAGCCACCUUGAGGGUCCAUUGAAAAACUGCCUCUAUGUGAUAUAUAGUAUGGAUGCGAUGAGCAGUUGCCAGGAUACAAGGUCUAAUGAUGGAGUAGAUUGAGACCAGAAGAUCAUGAAAUAUUUUCAAAGUCCCUAAAGAAGGAGUCAUCCGACAGAACUGCCAACCCUCCAAAAUCACAGAGGGAGAGAAAGAAGGACGGUCCAAGAUGAAAAGCCCUCAAGGAAUGAGAGGAAGAUGAGACUCAAAAAUGACAUGGUCAAAGCCAUCAACAACUCUGAAGCUGCCCAGUCCAGCUCGACCCGAGUUCACUACUUCUAGAAGAGGGAAGGGGAUGGGGAGGGGGGGAGUUGUGUUAAACAAAACAUAUAGAAAGGUGGAACUUGCCUGUUAGAAACCAUUAAUUUAGACCAAACUGAACUGCCGUGUCAAGAACUCAACUUGUAUAUGCUCUUUAUUAGUUAAUCAUUUUUUUUAAUUUUUCAAUUAACUUUUAAACCCGGCAAGGUGAAGGUAGCAAGUGAGAUGAAAUGUGAAGUGUCUUUGCUCAUAUUUAAGUCUCUGUGUUGGUUACCUCGUGACC